CGAGCGAGGGCGUCCCCCUCACACCGCCUUCGUAUUGGCGUGCGCGUGCGGACGCCGCGCCCCAUUGGUCUGUUCUGAUUUGGGCACCAAAUUCAAAGAUUUUAAAAGUACCAGCUGGCGCCUUUUAAGAGCUACAGCUCGGCGCAGCGGCCUGUCGCCUCUUUCCUGUGGUCGCCGCCACUUCACCUGCGUCGGAGCCCGCGCCCUCCGGCAUGAGCCGGCGCGUUUGCAGCGGUCUGCCCCGGCCGUCCUCCUGCCCCUGCGGCCUCGGCUCGCGGACGGUCCCGGACGGUUGUAAAGAAGAAAGCCCUGCUCUUUGUGUUAAAAUGAAGUGUUUUAAUUGUGACUCCGAUCUUUCUGAGCUUGAAGUGGUGAAGCCUGACAGUGAGCGGCAAGGUUCCUACAGCCCCGUGUGUGUGGAGCCUUCCUGUAAGGACUGCUUUAGAAACCAGGAAAGGGUAUCUUUCAUCGAGUCACCAAUUGUGGGACAUGAUAACAACAAGGAAAAUCAGCGGGUACAAAAAAUACUCAACAGCUCUAGUGAAAUAGAAGCGCUAGAGACCAGCCAACUGUAUGAAGACAGCGGCUAUGCGUCAUUUACCCUUCAAAGUGAACAUGAGGAUGGCAUCCUUAUUCUGGAGAAUUUCAGAAACAGUACCCAGCCCUGUUUGCUGCCAUCCCAGAGCCCAGACCAGUAUCCCAAUAAGAACCUGCUGCCUGUCCUGCAUUUUGAAAGAAUGGUUUGCUCAACAUUAAAAAAGAAUUCCAAGAGGAACCCUAAAGUGGAUCGAGAAAUGCUGAAGGAAGUUAUUGCCAGUGGAAACUUUAGACUGCAAAAUAUAAUUGGCAAGAAAAUGGGCCUGGAACAUCUAGAUAUCCUUACUGAGCUCUCCCGGAGGGGAUUUAAACACCUUUUAGCUAAUAUUUUGACGAAGCUCAGCGGCAUGGACUUAAUAAACUUGUCUAAAGUGAGCAGAAUUUGGAAGAAGAUCGUAGAGAACGAUAAAGGAGCCUCCCAGCUGUACAGCAGAGCCUUGCAGAGAGUCCUGGAAACCAAUAAGUUGUCACUGCACACUUCAACCAGAGGGUACGUUGUGAGCAGAAUGGCACUGACCUCUGUCCAGAAGUCAUCGACUUGGGCUCCUACCAAAAAAGAUGCUCAAGCCAAGUUCCCUAGGCAGCGUGAUCAGAAGGGUUCUGCCUACAGCCGGUACAGUGAGUUCCUUGAGGUGGGCAAGACAUUAAAAAACAACGAAAGCCUCAAAGCCUGUGUUCGCUGUAAUUUCCCUGCCAAGUAUGACCACUAUUUAGAGCGAGCAACCUGCAGACGGGAAAGCUGUGGGUUCGACUAUUGUACGAGAUGUCUGUGCGAUUAUCAUACCAACACCAAGGACUGCUCAAAUAGCAAACUCCUCAAAGCCAGCUGUAAAGUGACAGGCCCUUUGCCUGGAACAAAAAAGAGUAAAAAAAACUUACAAAGAUUGUGACCCUUAGUAAAUCAAUUUCAGGUGACCUUAAGGUCACCUUUUAAAGAAAUGUGAGCUUUUAAUUUGAGAAGGUAAAAAUAAGUGUCUGGAACCUUUAUGCCCCUUGAGGAAUAGAGAACAUACAGCCUCUUAAAACAAUACAGUUUGAUAUGAAAAAAUUAAAACCCAUACAAAUGCAAAAGAUUCAUAUCUUUUAAGAAAAGAAACUGGAUAUCUAUUUGUAGUUAGAUGGUAAAAUACAAUUCAUUGGAUUUUAUGGCAGGUGAAGGCUGUAAUUUUAUGGAUCUUUAAAACGAUUUGGUUCAGUGUUGGCAUCUGUGAUGCUUUACCAAUUGUUCUUGUCAGCUCGUCAGUCUGCAUUUAAAUGUCUGUCUUUGUCAGUGUUUCAAGUAUCUGUUGUAACUUGUUUGCUUUAUUUCCGGUCUGUUUUUUAAUGUUUUUUAUACCUGUAAAUAUUUCUGUUUUU